AUGAAAAACCUUAUACCUCAUGAGGCGCCGCUGGUGCUGUAUCAUAGGGAAGAGGAAAUUUUUUUGUUAUUCCAAUUAAUGACCUAUCGAAAAAAAAUAAAGAAUUUACAGAAAAUCAUAACUCUCUCUUCUUCUCCCACUAUUCUCCUUCUCUUCUCUCUAAAUCGUGGUGCCUUCCUCCGUCACAAUCCGCCUCCGAUCGACCCUCAACCUUUGCAAGUUCGCACGUCAUCUCCUCGCGGAUAUCACCUCUGUGCUUCUGUCUCAAGUGAUUUAAAUCUAACUCAAGCCAACACAACAGCAAACCAAAGAAUACAUUCAGAGAAUAAAAUCUUCGAAGCUUACCUGUCGGACUUUGUCCGACGCGUCUUCGACGGCGGCGACGAGAAACUAGAAACCAGAGGUGUAGGAAAUGUUUCAGGUUGCUGCUAG